CUGGGGCGUGGCGGGGGAUCCAUGACGUCAUUCCCAGCUCUUGUUUUUUGUCUGGAGAGAAAGGCAGUUAAACUUGCACUUUCCGCCACUUUCCCACCUGGAAUACCGGGUUUUAGUCCACAACCAGGAGGGCAGGGACUCGCUAAGUUGACGGGGAGAGUCCAGGGGACAUGUCUGUGCACACUUUGAGGGGAAUUCCGCCAUAGCUCCGCAGAAACCAGGGACGUUAGACCAUGCCACGUCGGAAACAAGUCAACCCAAAGCCGUUGAAACGGCAAAGAGAAGAGGCUGAGGAGUUGCUGAGGAAGGUGAAUGAAACCGGCGCUCCAAACACAGGACAGGAGGAGGUCAAGAAGGGCAAAGGUGAAGAAGUGAAGGCUGCUGGGAAGCCUGACCAAGUCGACGCACAACUGCCCAAAAGACAACGGAUAGGAACAAGGUCAGCAAGCAAGGACGGCAACAAGAGUCAACAGGCCACAAAACCUAAGAAAGUCACCCCAAAAGUUGACUCAGAGGUCACAAAAAGCAGUCAGAAUGGCAGGAAGGCACCCAAGAAGACACAGGGCAAAGGUCGGGGCAAAGGUCGUGGUAGGGGUCAGCGACAGCCGAAGGCCUCAAUGAAAUUACCCUCUCCCAAAGCCAACAACCACGAUGAGAACUCGCUGGACCAGUUUGAACUGGCCGACGAGGACUCCAAGUCGAGUAAGGAAGGGGAGAAGGAGAUCGUUGAGAAACCAAAGUCAAAGACUGUGGUGUCAGAGAAGCCCGGCUCCAAACGAACAAAGGAGCUGAUGAAAAGCAGCCCAGAAGGCAACAACAGUGAAGUGGUAGCCGGAGCCCAGAAGGAGCCAGAAGAACAAACCAACAUGACCGACUCUGAGGUGCAGGCACGAAACGAGGCCCUGGAGGCCCUCCUACAGAUCACAGACUCCGAGCUGAAUAAGAUGGACCGCUCCCCAGGCUCGGGGCAACCUCCAUUCCCUCCCCAGCCCACACCCACCCACCACAGCAACCUGCAGGUCAGAGGUCACUUCCUGUAGAAAACCCAGC